AGAAUAGCGCACAAUAACAAGACUCUCUUGCUCUCUUCAUGUUCCUCUGUGCCACUCUUCAUCUGGCAUUGUACGGGAGGGCUUCCAGUAUAAGGGUGGGGGGUGGGGGUGGGGGGGGGGCAGAAGAGGAGAGGGAGGAGGCGGGGGUGUCUGUGUAUUCACCUCCCCACUCCAUGCCUGUGGUCCAUGAAAGAAGCUCCCCAGAAAACAGCAGCUGCUCGGCACUCUGACAAGACCCUCCAGAUUGUUCCCCCUCAUAAAGAACCUCAGCUGCCGGAACACUAUUGACUCAAAGAGGGCGAGAGAACAGACAGCCUGAGCCCUGUAACCCUCCCCACCUCCCACCCCAAUACAUAGAUUUGCUCUCUUUUCUCUCUGUUGCCCAAAUCGCACCCAAAAUAUGCAUACCACACAUCAAUCCAGGGAUGGAUGGGCGCCGUCUGUGCGGACGGCCAUGUGUAAGCCGCAUUGUAGAUGGGUUUUCUCUCUUUCUCUGCCACCCUCCCCUCCCUGUCACCAACCUAGGGAGGCAUUGUAACUGAGAGGGGGCCUGCACCACUGCUGGCUAAAUGACUUAGUCAUGGAGAGUGGGGGUGGGGGGCUGGGGGCGGAGGGGGGCACAGGAGCUACUGUAUGCUGCUUUCACCAUGCGUCUCAAACCGGUGUGGGAGGUUUUAGAGGCCUGCUGCCCUUUUGUGAACCGUGUUGGAGUAGGGCUGACAAAUUGGCGAGCUGUGUGGCGUUUGGAAAACAGCGUUACUCAGAUUUCAUCCUCUCUGUGUUUCUGUCUUUGAAAAUAAAUUCAGAGUGACAAAUUGGAGCACUUCUGAAUGGGGUGUUUUCCAUAGGUUUACAUAGUUGUUGUUUUUUUAUAUAGAUAUAUUAUUAUUAUUAUUAUUAUUACAUUUCAUAUUGCACGUUUGUUCUCUGAACAUCAUCGACUGUUCUUGGCUUAAACAUAAUGCAUUUCACACGUAUUUCUCAAAAGGACACCCACACCCACACAGUCCCAAACCAUGAUGGCUGAUACACUGAGCAGUAACACUUGGGGGAAAACAAUAGUACACUUCAGUCUUCAUGACAAAAGCAAAACAUCACUGGUGUGAUAAUAUGAUGUACCUUGAUUUUUUUCUUAUCCGAGUAAUACUGCUAUACUGCAGCUACCACAUCACAAUAUGAGUAGUUUUGCAAAGUACAGUUUACAUUUUCACCAGAAACUUUGCCCAUACUUGCCCAUACUUAUAACACUGCUCCACAGUGAUUGGCUGAAAGUAUAGUCCAUAGACAACAUUGCACCAAUGAGCGGCGUUACUGUACAACUCUGUGGGCCAAUCAGAAGGCCAGAAUGAAAGAGCGUAACCCGCCCACGUGCAUCAGCCAGUAGUCUUGCUGAUACAACUGUCAUUUAGACAAGAGUGGACAUGGGGAAGGCAGGGCGAGAGCUGAAAAACAGAAAUUAUACAUAGCACGAGUGUUAAAAAAAAUAACUUAAGUUACGUAUGUGAUGGUUAUGGAUUCGAUUGACAUGCGUUAAUAUCCUCAAGGUAAGUUUUUACACCAGAAAACGCUCGUCACUGUUAUUUUCCUCGAGGGCAAGAGCUGAAAAUUUUUCAAAAAAGGAAGCUAACAUUUUUUUGUUGCUUUUUACCCUCUUUGCUAACGAGCUAAUGUUUAUCUUACUGUUUCCCCACCGCCGCCGCCACCACCUCCACCUCCACAGAGGCAGCAACUUCAGGCGGUGCGUUGUUCUUUGUGCGACAGGGUUAACGUUACAAAUUGAAGCCUAAGCAGGAGGAUGUCAGCUCCCAGUAACUCGCUUCAGCAGCCGAGAGUGAGACGUAGCAAUGCGGGCUCCCCCGGCUCAUCCAGCAACAGCUGCCGCUUGCACCCCAUCCGUGCCACCGUGCCCUACCAGCUCCUCCGCGGGGGUCAGAGCAGCCCGACGCGGACGCAGACCCUCUGCGUCGGAGGCAGCAGCGGACCCACGAACAGCCGAGGCUCCAGUCCCCCCUCCAGCCCUAUUCUGAGUUCAGGAAAUGCAAAUGCAAAGCAGAGACUGUCCCCUGAAAAUAAGGACUCCUGUCCCCCCGACUCACCAGUUUGCAGAGGAGAGCGGUCGAAGUUACAGGUUCGGAGUUCCAGUGCCAUCCGGCGGACGUCUUCCCUGGAUGCCAUCACAGGGCCGUACCUAACUGGCCAGUGGCCUCGAGACUCCCAUGGACCCUACCCUUCCUGUAUGAAAGACAAAGCCACACAGACUCCAGGUCUUUGGAUCGAUGAGGUGGCCGACCAGGGAAGUCCCCACCAGCGCUCAGCCUCCUGGGGCAGCGCAGAUCACCUGAAAGAGCAGAUUGCUAAACUGAGACUGCAGCUGCAGCGCAGCAAGCAGGUCAGCCGGCAGAGCAAAGACAGGGAGCAGAGCUCACUGCAGCUGCCGCAACAGGCGCAGCACGGCUCUGCAUGCCAGCCUCAGUCCAAGGGAACCUCAUCAGUCUUGUCAACUAUCCCCUUGCCAAAGUCCCUGAUAUCCAGAGUGCCCAGCAGUGUCGAGGGCAUCAACCAUGAACUAGAAAACGUAUUUAUCAGAGAGGACUGGGAGCAGGGGAUACAGGCCAUGGACGUGCUGGAUGGCCGCCGCGCCCCCUUCCCUCCUCAUCACUACAGUAGCGGCGGGGACACACGUGACACGGACACCCAGGCCCCCUCCAGCGGUGACUCCAGCCCGUCGCCCCGCCCCUGCAGCGCCGACCACCUCCACUCCCCUGAUGGAAGCCCCUGCUCUGCAGACGAUAAAGACAGUGGGUGCAGCUCUCCUCUGCCCAAAUUUGCCACUUCUCCCAGACCGAACAACAGCUACAUGUUCAAACGGGAGCCUCCAGAGGGCUGCGAGAGGGUCAAAGUGUUUGAGGAGAUGGUGUCUCGCAAAUCAAAAGGCUUCCCCCUCUUCUCAUGCCCAGACAAAAACAAGGUGAACUUCAUUCCCCGAGGCUCUGCCUUCUGCCCUGUCAAACUCCUCUGCUCCUCCCUCUUCUCCUCCGUCUCCCCCUUGUCCUGCUCCUCCGCCGCCCCCAGCCCCCAUGGCAACAGCGGCCCGGGGCUUCAGGUGACCCCGACUCUGCCCACCGCACCGCUACCCACCUCUCAGUCCUCUGCUGACUGGAGCCCCGACACAGACACCGGCAUACACACAGACAACAGCACAGACAGCCUGAGCCCCGACACGGGCCCAGACUCUGAUAUAAGCACAGACGUGGGGAAAGAUGGCGCUGCACACUUGCUCCUCACCAGCUAGUCCUCAGGUAUACAUGACCAAAACACUGAGAGAUGCAGUGACUAACGUUGGUCAGAUGGCAUGGUUUUGAAUGAAAAUAUAUACCCUUGCACUCCGUUAACCCUAACGUUAGCCAGCAGGGAGUGCCCAAGGUCUAUAAAUGACAAAGUUGAGCCAUGAUUUGUGGAAAUGAACAACACAUGGGUGGAUAUGGGGCCAGGAUCCGGCAGGACCAGCAUUUUUUGCUUGGUCCAACAAGAAUUCUGGUCCCAGUGUUUGUCCCAUGCAUUGUCAAGGAAACAUGAUUGUUUGGUCAUUGUCAUUUAGACCCACAAGUGUCCCGGCCUUGGGAGUGGCCUCCCGUCGUCCAUCACUAAUCUAGCUUUCUCCUCUGCAUCGUGACAACACCCAUAACAGAAAUAGCUUUUUUUUUUUUUUUCUUUUCUUUUUUUUUUUGCAACAACAUAGAUGACCGCACAGUGUUCUGUAGCCAGCAGUUUUAUCAAGGUAAAAAUAAUUCAAAAUAUUUAAUUGUUUUUUUUUUUCUAACCAGCUGUUCAGUGUUCAGCAAGAUGAUAUCGAAAUUACAGGUAAUUUUAUUGACAGAACAACCAAAAUAAUAAUAAGAAUUUAAAGAAUAAAAGAAAAAAAAUACCAUGCCUGUUUAUAUUGCAAAUACAUUGGGAUUUCUUACAGUUACAGCACAAUGCCCCAUAUUACCUACAGUAUUUGCACUUGUUUAGACUUGGCUCAAGAUGAAAUAGACCAUAGGAUUUUUUUUUUCUCCCCUUUGCAAAAGCACUUAAACACACACUGGCCCUUUGAAACCAGCAGCAGCAUAAGUGCAGGCUCUACCCAGCCGAGACAGAGGGCCAGACUUAGAUCUGCCUAUCUGGUCAGAUUGCUAUUAAAACUUGGUGAGCGCUACAACAUGCAAAUGACAGCUGUUCUAUCCAAUGACCAAAUAACCAGUUACAAAGCACACGACUCCCUCAUUGCCUUGUUUUAUUGCCCCCCCGCUGCCCACAAGAAUAAACUCAGGUCAUGUGGAAUGUACUUUCUUGGACUAUGUUGCCUUUUCCCAGUGUUCAUUACAUUUUCCUAGAGUAAGAAGACAUUCCAUGGUCUUUAACCGAGAUGCUUUUUGCUGGAGAGGCUAUCGCCGACUGAAUCAAACGGUCGCCGCCGCGCGUGACCGACGACUUUUGCAUAAACAUGUUCAGGUUAGAGAGUUUCAGGUGCUCUGACAAUUACUAUGUAUUUGUUUCAGCCCUUUGUAAAAUAUGUACCAAAGCAGAAUGCAAAACCGUACAAGGCCCAUCAUUUAUUGGGAACAUGACAGGCACAAUUUCUGUGCCAGAAGCAGAAUGUGUAUGUGUGUUUUGUUUUGUUUAGAAACAGAUGAGCAACAGACAAACACUGUUUCUUAGUGUUUCAAACAUAGACGCUAAAAAGAUAAACCAAGGCUAAGCACUUACUUGCAAGUGAGAUGAUAAUCACUAUUUUAAGACUAAUUUGCAAGGUAAAACAAUCAGAUAUUGAGUGUGUGCAAUUGAUUUUUGUUUGAAUUAAAGCUACACUAACAAUGUUUGAAUAACCACGAUUGGAUAACAAGAUCCAAGCAGUUAUACGUAAACUUUGCCUGGAGCAAUCCACCGCCAGAACAUAUGGAAAAAAAUACAGUGGAAAUGGACCAAGCAAACUUUGAAUGGGAGAGAAAAUGCCGUAAACUAUUUCUCAUUCCAGAAUUACAGUCUGGCUCACCACUUGCACACAGAAACACAAAUAUCAACAGUAUAUGCAACACAUUCCACACAAACUAAGUUUCAAUACUGUGUUUGUUUUGCUUGCAGCUCCACGAGUUUAAAUCAUACUAAUUCUGAUUUUAUUCACAUGCUCAUUGUGCGGUGCAGUUACGCGACGUUUGCCAUGUUUGCCACUAAUAAUUAAGUUCUCCUGUGUAUUACACGUUUUUAUGUAGAUCUUGUGUGUUUUUCAAUAAAGGAAAUGAAAAUCUC